AAUACUAUUCAGUAUAGUAAUUUUUUUAAAACAAAUUAUUCAACAAAAUCUGAAUUGCCAAUCAAUGAUUCUGAUAAUUCGAAUGUAAAAAAUGUUUCCUUGUUUCAAAAAAUGAAACAAUUAACUAAAAAUUAUUGGAAUGUUCUUCUACCUGUACAUAUUGCUACUUCGCUCUGUUGGGUAUCCAUGUUCUAUAUUGCUAUAAAAUAUGGUAUCGAUAUUAUUGGAAUAUUGAAAUCUUUACAUUUAAACGAUAAAUAUUUAGAUGCAUUGCGCAAUUCCAACGUUGGCGAUUGGGCUCUCACAUAUGCUUUAUAUAAAAUAUUUACACCCAUUAGAUAUACUGUAACUAUUGGUAUGACCACUGCGUGCGUUAGAUAUCUUAAAAACAUUGGAUACUUAAAGUCUGUAAAGAAUAUGGAGCAUGAUGUAUGUACAUUUUCCACAAAGAAUACAUCUAUUUCUACCAGAGAAAACAGAAUUAAUAAAAACUAAUGUUUACAAGCUCAGUAAAGGUAGCAAGGGUAUUUUGUUAAAUAUGUUUGAUCUGUCGAAAUUUAUUACGUUGCUUAUUGCAAUUUUCUAAAA